CCAUGGUAACCUACAAACACAACACGCUGCCCAUGUAUUCAUUGAUUUUGUAAAGUGUAGCAGGGAACCAGAGUAUACAAGGUGCAGAGCACAUAAAAUAUAUUUUAUUGCAGAAAUUGUGGAAUCAAGAGGCAAGCAUGGCAUUACCAAACUUGCCAGGGAAUUCUUUUAAUCCUAAUCUGGGGAAAACACGUUAUCAUAAAUCCCACCACUUUGACUAUCGCAAUGAAGUAUCUAUGAUGGUUGGUGAAGAGAAACCUGGGAUUGGUGGAGAGCUUUUAGCAGGGCAGAAAAUCACACCAAAGAACAGCGUUUUCCCUUCUGGAGAGGGUGGAAAUUUGCCAGCUUGGGUGGCUUUUGACAGACAGGUUUUGUGUUUUGAUGCAUAUUUUCAAGAAGCUGUACACGAGAAGAGAGAGGAACAGUAUAGAAUCCGUAACAGCAAAAUUUAUUUCUACUUGGAAGAUGACUCCAUCCAAGUUAUAGAGCCAAGAAUGAAAAAUGCAGGUGUUCCUCAAGGAACCCUUAUCCGCCGUCACAGAAUACCCAGGCCUGCUCCAUAUGACGACACAUUCUACACCGUGGAAGACUUCAAUGUGGGCAAUGAGGUGAACCUUUACUCUCGCAUAUUCAAGAUCACAGGCUGUGAUGAGUUUACACACAAUUUCCUCCGUAAACUUGGAGUGAAGGUAAAUGCUCCAGAGGCUGUACCAGCUGACCCUUAUACCAAGUACAGGAAAGCUAUGGAUGAGUCUAUGCAGCCAAUGAGACCAUAUGAGAAGUACGACACCCUCAAACAAUUUCUGGAUCAUGACCGUCAUGUCCUGCGUUUCUACUGCCACUGGGAUGACACCGACAGCAUGUUUGGUGACCCUAGACAGAUGGUCCUUCACUAUUUCCUUGCUGAUGAUACAAUAGAAAUCCGUGAGAUCAUUCAGGCUAACUCUGGACGUGAUGCCGCUCCAAUGUUCCUGCGUCGGGCCAGACUGCCUAAAGAGGUGUCCAGUCUACGCCAGCCUGGUGAGAAAACUGACCGCACUGUCCUGAAUGUCUUUGGACCAACUGGACAUGGUGGAAGGUACAUACUGGACAGUCUGAAGACUGGUGCUGUCCACGAGGAGUUCUACAAGGACAGUGAUCUGAUGAUUGGAUCAGUGGUCAGCGCCUGGGGGAGGAAGAUCCUGCUAUGUGACGCUGAUGACUUCACUAAGGAGUACUACAGGACCAAGUACGGCAUCAACAACUUUACACCCAUUCAGUACAAGGGUACCCCCCAGGGCCGCAAGGCAAGAGAGAUGCCACCAUACAAUGGAUUUGGCAGUGAGGAGGACUCUCUGUGUUCCUGCAUGGGCCUUAUCCCCAAGCCACCCAGGAGAGAUUUCGUCAAAUUCAUGGAGAAGGAUCGCCACGGACUGGAGAGCAAUGUACUACGGUUCUUGGCUAGAAUGGAUACCACAAAGCCCAUCGAUAUGGACCGUCGCUUCAUCAUCUCCUAUUUCCUGUCUGAUGACACUAUAUUGGUGUUUGAGCCUCCUGUUAGGAACUCUGGCAUCAUUGGCGGCAAAUUCCUGGAGCGUGGCCGCGUGAAGAAGCCCGACCAGCCUCCAUACAGCACACGGCUGUCCGAAUACUACAUGGCACCAGAUCUGUAUGUAGGAGGACUGGUCAUCUUCAACAACCACAAGUUCCUGCUCAUUGAUGCUGAUGAAUAUGCAUUUAGGUACAUGGAGCAACAUAGUGAUGAGUUCCCACAAGCUAACGUUGACAGAAUCUUUGAGAAACUGAAGGAGCUCUCCAAGGGCAAAACAGAAGAGGUCAAGUCUUUCUUCAUGCGUAAUGACCCCGGAAACACAGGCAAUGUCCAGUACGAGCAGUUCAGAAACCUCCUUAUGCAGCUUUCAGAAAACAGGCUGGCUGAGCAUGAGAUAAUGACAGUUGGGAGACAUUACAUGCUUCGUAAGGAUGAUGACGGGGUUGACCUGAACACACUGGCCUAUAUCAUACAAGAUCUGCUGAGGAAACACAACUUUGAUAUCAAUAUUAACAAAUUGCCUGAUGGCCUGUUACAGGCUGAUGCCAACAAGUGUGGAUACCUGCACCCUGAGGUAGUGAUGACAGCCUGUAAAGCUCUGAGAUUGCCAGUGCCCAGAGAUCUGGUGUGGGCUCUCAUGACUAAGUGUGAAAUCAACCAGGAGGGUCUGCUGAAAUACGACACCUUCCUCCAGUAUCUCGACUGGAAGAACUGCCCUGUGGUGGCGCCACCUAACUUCCAGGGCACCUUGGACGAGACAUGGAAAGGAACCAUGGCAAGCAAACAAGUUCAGGUUAUCAACUACCAGGCACUAUUAAACGACGCUUUCGGUUUUGCUGCGGAAUCUUAGAUGGACCAGACAGUUUUAGAUGAUUAAUGAAUUAAAACAGAUUUCAUUGACUUCACUUGUUGGAACAAAAAUGGAAUAUUAUUUUAGAAUUUUGGACAAUGCAAGGAAGAAUAUGUGCUGCUGUCAAAACUGUAUAGAACAACAAGGCUUAAACAAGUCUUGUUAAAAAUGACUGGAAAAAUACCCAGAAACAAAGCUGAAGAAAGAAAUAUUUAUAAAUGUAUUAUUUUGACUUUAAAGAAAAGUGUGGGUUAUUUAUCAGUGGAAUUUUAACACAUGGAUUUAUCAAAAGUGGAACAGUUGUGACAUUUUGUCGUCUUCACUAGAAUUCAAAACUUAAGUUUAAUUACUUGAAUGAACAGCAACUUGAAAUAAAACUGUGGAUUUAGCUUCUUUCAAAAUUUAUUUUUCUACAUGUUAUGUGUAAAUGUUUAAAUUAUUCUGAACAAGUUUACUGUGAUCCACAAUUGUAAAUAUUGUAAAUAUUAUCUCUGAAUUAUAAUACUGAGAAUAAAACUGCUGUC